GACGACGACGACAUCUCCACCGCCCCCUUCACCUCGCAACCCAUAACCAAAGGCCUGCGCAACCACCCCGUAAAGUUCGUCUCCGCCACCACCACAACCGCUCCUCCUUCAGCCGCGCCAAAACCCGUCUCCAUAGCAGACCAAUACCUCGCCAUCGUCUUCCCCAACGGCGUCCCCAAACCAGAAGUCUCGCACCCGAUAUGUCCGACCUGCGGCGAGCCGAUCACCCAGGCCGACGAGCGGGCGCAUUUCUUGUCGCUGGGGCAUCAGAUGAGUCUGCCGAGGACGCACACGCCGUCGGCCAUCGAUAGGUCGCGCAUGGGGUUGAAGUAUAUGGAGAAGUUCGGGUUCGACGUCGAUGCGCGGCGGGGGUUGGGUGCGUCGGGGGAGGGCAUCUUGCAUCCCAUUAUACCAAAAGAGAAGCGGGAUACUUAUGGCCUUGGUAUCAAGGGGACGGUGGCGACGGUUGGGACGGAACAGUUGAAGGAGGUUCUGGAUGCGGGAGGGGUGAAGAAGAAGGCUGCGGAGGAGAAGAAGAAGGCCGAGAAAUUACGGAGGAUGUUUUAUGGCGAUGACGACAAGGAGAAGUAUUUGGAGGAGUUG